AUGAGAAACCCAGACCUAGUUAUCAUUGCCUUCCUGCUCAGCUGUGUAAUAGAUGGCACCGUCUAUGGCCAGGUAACCUGCCGCAGAGCUACGUCUCGUGAAUGGCACACCCAGCCAAAGAACAUCAGCGUGAGGUGGACCCUCAUGGAGAACACCUGCAGCAGCUUGACCCAGUGCUGGAAUAGACAAACUGAAACAAAUGGAUACUUGUGGACAACUGGGUCAUAUCAUUUUCCUCAGCUUUGCCCACUGGAACUUCAACUUGGAGAUGUGAUGUUUGUUUCUGCUGAUAGAAUGCUGGAACAAUAUGGUAUCCACCUAAUAAGUGUGUCCAAAGAGGAGUUUGAAAAAUGCUUGAUUUUAGAGCCAAGAAAGGAGCAGUUGGUGUUUGCCAACAGUAUUAAUGGUACUUUGCAAGUGGAAUCGAAGUGGCUGGUGUCCGGUAUGAAUUACUUUGUGGUCGUUCAUAAAGGCAGUAGUCAUCUGUGUAGGUUUGGCCUACGCAUUGCACUUCUGGUAAAGCCUCAGCACUGCCAGAGCUCACCUCUUCUUCGCCUGUGUUCGGGAAAAGGUGAAUGCAAAACUACAUUUAAAGACGAUUCGUUUAGCUGUCAGUGCCACAAACACUAUUCAGGACGUUAUUGCGAGAACAUUGAUGGAUGCUAUGAACAGCCCUGUUUAAACGGAGGCACCUGCGUGAAGAAGAGAACUGCCUACACAGAUCUCCCACCUUACCAAUGUCUUUGUCUUACUCCGUUCACAGGUGUCAACUGCUCUGAAAUCACUGGACACCAAAAUUGCAGCAAAGGGUGCAAGGAAGGAGCUUGUGUACAGGUCUCAACAACUUCCUACAGAUGUGAAUGUAUCACAGGAUAUACAGGCAAGUACAGUUUAAAAAACAGACUAAUUGUAGACAGCCACUUUGAAUUCAGCACUUCACAACAGAGUGAUAUUUCUUCUGAGGUCCAGUAA